AUGAAAAAUUCGAAAAAAAAGUGUGAUGAUAAAACCUCAGUUUGGCACUACUUUCUCCGAGCAGAAGAUGGUCAGUCAGGCAAAUGCAAUUUAUGCCAAAAAAUAAUACGAUCUCACGGCGGCACAACAACUGGUAUUCGCGUUCAUUUAAAAUCGUCGCAUACAAUAGACGUUAGUAACGUUAAUUCAAAGUCUUACAAUGGAGAAACUAAUGACAGUAGUAUAAACCGAUCAUCUACAUCUGCUUCUCCAACCAUUACGACCGCUGUGUCAAAAUCAAAAGGCGAAUCUUGUUCAGCGUCUCUCAUCGAUGGUAAAAAAAGGAAAUUGACUGAUUAUUUUCAAAGUAAUCACUCCCUUGAAACAACCGUCAGUAGAAUGGCAGCUUUGGACGGAAUACCAUUCAGUGUAUUUUGUACUUCUGAGGAUCUGCGAAGACUGUUUACAAAUUCUGGCUACAAUAAAUUACUGAAGACUCCAAAAGGUAUAAAAAAUAUAGUCAUAAACUAUAGUAAACAGGAAAAGAAAAAACUGGUGACUGAACUGAAAAAUCUAUUAGCCCUUGGUAAAAAGUUUUCUUUGAGUUUUGAUGAGUGGACAUCAUCUCGUAACGCCAGAUAUAUGAAUAUCAACAUUCACAUAGGAGUUGAGUUCACAGAUGGCUCACGUUUCAAAAAUCUGGGUUUGGUGCGAAUGGAUGGUUCAAUGCCAUCUGAGACGUGUAUCAGACUUUUGAAAGAAAAGCUUUCAGAAUUUGAGCUUUCUUUAGAUAGAGAUAUAAUCGCAAUAGUCACUGAUGGCGCCAGCGUCAUGUUAAAAGUUGGAAGAAACCUGCGCGCUUAUCAUCAAGUCUGCCUUGCACAUGGUAUUCAGCUAGCUGUACUUGUACGUAUUAUAUAA